GAAAUGACAACGUAACUGGCGAAGACAUAGAAGAGUGUCUGAAAGAAAUUCGUAGAAUAACCGCACAUCAUGAUGCUAUCGUGAGAAUCAAUCAAGUUAUAUCAAAACAAAAUACGAAGGGGCUCAUGGCUGCCUUACAGGUCCAACAUGCUGAGCUUGAAUUGCCUUCACCAUCAGAGGAGAGAGCAGAAAGGGAAAGAGAAUACCAGAUACUAAUGUACGAGGCUUACACAGAUAAGGAUGAUGUUUUGAAGGCGCACAAAGGAACCGAUAUCAGAAUGGAGAAAGAUGAUAUCCAGAAAGUCCUAUUGAGUCUGGAUAUACUUCAGGAAAUAGAUACAUUAGAAGACACACAGACGAAGAAAUUAUUGGAAAAUCUCAGAAAAGAUGAAAUGGACAUCAGUGAAUACAUUGUGGACAAUAUGGACGAAUCUGAGGAGCGUUGCUACGCAACGUUGAUUUUUGAGAAGCGAGACAAGAAAAGAAAGGACAGGAGCAACAGGAACAGUUGCAAAUUCUUGACACGUCGAGAAGUAAAAGACAUUGUCAAAGAAUUCAAGGCCGUUUGGGAUAUACAGCGAAGAGAUUCACAAAAGUUGAAGGAACAUUGGGACAGAGUGCUCCGAGAUGCCAAACUUGAUCCAAAUAACUUUGAAAAGUUAGAGGGCUAUCGAAAGCUCUUUAAAGAGGACAUUGAAUAUAAGCAACAGAAACGGAAAAAUGCAUCCUCAAGUCGUGGAUUUGAAAAUCUUCUGAAACAGCAAGAUGUCCAGCGCAUUAUGUUUAAAUUGUACCCGGCUAUCAUCAGGAUAAACGAAAUAAUAGAAGCAUUCAUCGUUGCCAAAGAGAAACGUGAAGAGAAAAGGGUCAUCGAUGAUCUCGAAAAGAAAUGCCACAGAGCCAUAACUGCUCCGUCCGCUGAACUGGUGAAGGGAAUUGUUGUGAACAACAAGCAGAAAGGGUAUCUCACAAUGCUGUCUGGAACAAUAGGCGACGCCACACAAAGCACAGAGGUCAGAGCUUAUUCACUUACUGUGAGAGAAAACUGUUUUACUUACAUCCCUUUAGAGCAUGCCUCGGCGUCAAGCCGGUACCUCAGCGCCUAUGCCGUUCAUGCCUCCAACAACAUUGGCGCCUCUCCCUCCUACAGUGCCUCCAGCACCUUUGCCACCUCUGCCACCUCUGACGCUUACGGCGCCUAUGCCUCCUCCAGCACCGGUGCCUAUCCUGUCUACUGUGUCAGCUCAUGUGCCUACGCCAACGUCUCCCGUUGCCUCCACGUCCUCGGCAGGCGACCAUAG